AUGGUGCAGUUUGAAGCCUUGUGGUGGAGAGUGAUGCAGGAGCUGGAGAUGGGGGGUGUGAGCACCUUAGCUAACAGGAACUACUCCACUCCAGACAGGAACUACUCCACUCCAGACAGGAACUACUCCACUCCAGACAGGAACCACUCCACUCCAGACAGGAACUACUCCACUCCAGAUAGGAACUACUCCACUCCAGACAGGAACCACUCCACUCCAGACAGGAACUACUCCACUCCAGACAGGAACUACUCCACUCCAGACAGGAACCACUCCACUCCAGACAGGAACUACUCCACUCCAGACAGGAACUACUCCACUCCAGACAGGAACUACUCCACUCCAGACAGGAACCACUCCACUCCAGACAGGAACUACUCCACUCCAGACAGGAACUACUCCACUCCAGACAGGAACUACUCCACUCCAGACAGGAACCACUCCACUCCAGACAGGAACCACUCCACUCCAGACAGGAACCACUCCACUCCAGAAAGGAACUACUCCACUCCAGACAGGAACCACUCCACUCCAGACAGGAACUACUCCACUCCAGACAGGAACUACUCCACUCCAGACAGGAACUACUCCACUCCAGACAGGAACCACUCCACUCCAGACAGGAACUACUCCACUCCAGACAGGAACCACUCCACUCCAGACAGGAACUACUCCACUCCAGACAGGAACUACUCCACUCCAGACAGGAACUACUCCACUCCAGACAGGAACCACUCCACUCCAGACAGGAACUACUCCACUCCAGACAGGAACUACUCCACUCCAGACAGGAACUACUCCACUCCAGACAGGAACCACUCCACUCCAGACAGGAACCACUCCACUCCAGACAGGAACCACUCCACUCCAGAAAGGAACUACUCCACUCCAGACAGGAACUACUCCACAGAGGUGCUUUGCAGCAACAAGGAGGAGAGGAGGAACAGGCGAGGAGUGCAGAAGAAUAGAGGAGUGGAGUUCACUGGUCCUAACCUGCCGUCUCCCAUCAUCAGCAGCAAGAACUGGCUGAGACUUCACUUUACCUCUGAUGGAAACCACAAGCUGAGGGGCUUCAGUGCCCAGUACCAAGUGAAGAAGAUGACAGAGCUGAAGUCCAGAGGAGUCAAGAUGUUGCCCAGUAAAGACAACCACCACAAGAUAUCAGUGUUGUCUCAGAUGGGUGUGGCCCAGGGACAUAACAUGUGUCCAGACCCGGGGAUCCCUGACCGAGGGAAAAGAAAAGGAUCUGACUUCAGGCGGGGUGCCACGGUGCAUUUCUCCUGUGAUGAGGGUUAUGAUCUGCAGGGCUCUAAAAGCAUCAGCUGCCUGAGAGUAACAGACAGUUACGUAGGCUGGAGCGACGACCGACCCAUCUGCAGAGCUCCUAUGUGUGGGGGUCAUCUGCGAGCCCCUAACGGCAUCAUCACCUCACCAAACUAUCCUGUCCAGUAUGACAACAAUGCUAACUGCACCUGGGUCAUCACCGCUGCAGACACCACCAAGGUGAUCAAACUGACCUUUGAGGACUUUGACCUGGAGCGUGGUUACGAUACGUUGACAGUUGGAGACGGAGCUGUGGUUGGAGACCAGAAGACAGUCUUUCAUGUCCUAUCAGGGACCACCACUCCAGACCUGGUGGUCAGCACCAGUCACCAGAUGUGGCUCAACUUCAAGACCGACGACACCAGUGGCUCUCUGGGCUUCAAGGUGUCUUAUGAAGAGAUUGACCAGGGCAGCUGUGGAGACCCGGGGAUACCGGCCUACGGCAAGCGGGAAGGGACAGGUUUCCGCCACGGGGACAGGCUGCACUUUGAGUGUCUCCCUGCCUUUGAGUUAGUGGGGAAGAAGAACAUCACCUGCCAAAAGAACAACCAGUGGUCAGCCAAGAAACCCAGCUGUGUCUUCUCGUGCUUCUUCAACUUCACAACCCCCUCUGGUGUGCUGCUGUCCCCUAACUACCCCCAGGAAUAUGGUAACAACAUGCACUGUGUGUGGCUCAUCAUCACUAAGCCAGAGAGUAGGAUUAACCUGGCCUUCAAUGACCUCAGCAUGGAGAAACAGUUUGACUUCCUCAGCGUCAAAGACGGUGGCAAGGCUGAGUCUCCCAUCCUGGGUACGUUCUCUGGUGACGUGCUGCCAGCUCCCAUCACCACCAGUGCCCACGUGGCACGCCUAGAGUUCCUGACUGACCACACCUACACAGACCGGGGGUUCAACAUCACCUUCACCACGUUCCGCCAUAAUGAGUGUCCAGACCCGGGGGUUCCAGUGAACGGGAAGCGGUUUGGUGAGAACCUUCAGCUGGGCAGCUCCAUCUCCUUCCUGUGUGAGGAAGGCUUCGUGAAGACCCAUGGCUCCCAGACUGUCUCCUGUAUCCUGAAGGAUGGAAACGUGGUCUGGGACAACGCUGUGCCUCGCUGUGAAGCUCCGUGUGGGGGUGAUCUGAAGGCUCCUAGUGGUAUCAUCCUGUCCCCUGGUUGGCCAGAGCUCUAUAAGGAGGCCCUUAACUGUGAGUGGGUCAUCGAGGCUCCGCCAGGAUACCCCAUCAAGAUCAUCUUUGAUAAGUUUCGUACUGAGGUAAACUAUGACGUGCUGGAGGUGCGUGACGGCCGGUUCCCCUCCUCGCCUCUGAUUGGUAGUUACCAGGGUACCCAGGUGCCCCAGUUCCUCAUCAGCACCUCCAACUUCCUGUUCCUUCUCUUUUCCACCGACAAGAGCCACUCGGACAUCGGCUUCCGCAUCCGCUAUGAGACUCUACAGCUACAGUCAGAUCACUGUGUCGACCCUGGCAUCCCUGUCAACGGCCAACGCCAUGGCAACGACUUCUACGUGGGUGCCUUGGUAACGUUCAGCUGUGAUGCGGGGUACUCCCUUAGCGACCUGGAGCCCCUGGAGUGCGAACCCAACUUCCAGUGGAGUCGACCCCUGCCCGGCUGUGAUGCGUUGUGUGGAGGUUAUAUCCAGGGUAACACCGGUACCAUCCUCUCUCCGGGGUUUCCAGACUUCUAUCCUCACAACCUCAACUGCACCUGGAUGAUUGAAUCCUCCCAUGGCAAAGGUGUCCAGUUCACCUUCCAUACAUUCCACCUAGAGUCUCCCCACGACCACCUGUUGGUGACGGAGAACGGCAGCUUCCCCGAGCCCCUGUGGAGACUAACAGGCUCAAUACUGCCCCCCACCCUCAGUGCAGGCCUGUAUGGGAACUACACCGCUCAGAUACGCUUCCUUUCAGACUUCUCUGUCUCCUACGAGGGAUUCAACAUCACCUUCUCAGAGUAUGACCUGGAACCCUGUGAAGACCCGGGCGUUCCUCCCUACAGUACCCGUAAGGGGUUACAGUUUGGGGUGGGGGACGUGCUCACCUUCUCCUGUUUCCCUGGAUACCGUCUGGAGGGGCCGUUGAGGGUGACGUGCUUGGGGGGGCGGAGGAGGGUGUGGAGCUCCCCUCUGCCAAGGUGUGUUGCUGAGUGUGGAUCCUCUGUGACUGGAAUGCAGGGAGUGCUGCUGUCUCCCAACUACCCAGGUUACUAUGGGAACCACCAUGAGUGUAUCUACUCUAUACAGACCCAGCCAGGCAAGGGCAUCCAGCUCCGAGCACGAGACUUCAGACUGGAGGACGACGACAUGCUCAAAGUGUUUGAUGGCAGUAGUAAACAGGCUCGUCUGUUGGGUGUGUUCUCUGGGACUGAGCUGCAGGAAAACACUCUCAACUCUACAUCCAGCUCCAUGUGGCUGGAGUUCAUCAGCAAUGCAGACAACACCAGCCAGGGCUUUGAGCUAUACUUUACUAGUUUUGAUCUGGUGAAGUGUGAGGACCCGGGUGUUCCUCAGUUUGGCUAUAAGAGAGAAGAUAAGGGUCACUUCGCCGGCAGCACCGUGGGUUACAGCUGUGACCCAGGAUACACCCUGAAGGGACCCCAGAUCCUCACCUGUUUGAGGGGGGAGAGGAGAGCCUGGGAUAGCCCCCUGCCCCUCUGUGUCGCGGAGUGUGGGGGGACAAUCAAGGAUGAGCCUACAGGUCGUAUAUUGUCUCCAGGUUACCCUGCUCCAUAUGAACAUAACCUGCACUGUGUCUGGAGCAUCGAAGCUGCCCCGGGAAGCACCAUCAGUCUCCACUUCCUGGUAUUCCAUACGGAGGAGGUCCAUGAUGUGUUGCGUAUCUGGGACGGUCCCCAGGACGGAGGGGUCCUCCUGAGGGAGCUCAGCGGCUCGGCCCUUCCCCCUGACGCCCACAGCACCUUCAACGCCGUCAGCCUCCAGUUCACCACCGACUUCUUCACCUCCAAACAGGGCUUCGCUCUGCAGUUCUCUGUGUCCACUGCUACGUCAUGUAACGACCCCGGUCUGCCCGCCAACGGGACUCGUAGUGGGGACAGCAGGGAGCCUGGAGACAGUGUGCUGUUCCAGUGUGAUCCCGGUUACGUCCUGCAGGGGGCCACCAAGAUCACCUGCACAGAGAUCAUCAGCCGCUUCUUCUGGCAGCCUGACCCCCCCACCUGCACAGCUCCAUGUGGGGGGAACCUGACGGGCCCCACUGGGCUGAUCCUGUCCCCAGAGUACCCCGAGCCGUAUCCUCACGGACGAGAGUGUGACUGGACCGUCUCUGUCACCCCCGACUACGUCAUCGCACUCAACUUCAACCAGUUCGGUCUGGAGCCCAGCUAUGACUUCCUCCAUAUCUAUGAUGGUCCUGACUCCCUCCACCCUCUGCUGGGGAGUUUCUACGGUACUGACGUCCCCGACCGCAUCGAGAGCAGCUCCAACACACUCUUCCUCGCCUUCCGCAGUGACGCAUCGCUCAGCAGCAACGGCUUCGUCCUGCAGUACACAGAGAACCCUAGAGAGUCAUGCUUUGAGCCGGGGGUGGUGAGGAACGGUACCAGGGUUGGAGCUGACCUGAAGCUGGGUUCUGCCACUACCUACAACUGUGACAGUGGAUACACUCUGGAGGGAGAUCCCACUCUGACCUGCAUCAUGGGGUCAGACAGCAAGCCCUCCUGGAACAAACCAAAACCCAUAUGCAUAGCUCUGUGUGGAGGGCAGUAUUCAGGGUUGGAGGGUGUGGUCUUGUCUCCCGGUUACCCAGGCAACUACAGCAGUGCCCGGACAUGUCUGUACUCGGUGGUCGUGCCCAAAGGCAAUGUGGUGUUCAGCCAGUUUACGUUCUUCCAGACGGCUCUGAAUGACGUGGUGGAGGUCUACGAUGGAGCAACGCAGCACUCCAGAGUCCUCAGCUCCCUGUCGGGAACACACACAGGCGAGUCGCUGCCAUUGGCAACGUCCAAUCAGGUUCUGAUCCGAUUCACCUCCAAAGGCCAAUCCAGCUCCAAAGGAUUCCACCUGGUGUAUCAAGCGGUGCCAAGGACCAGUGCCACCCAGUGCACUUCAGUCCCAGAGCCCAGGAACGGGAGGAGGAUGGGGAAUAAUUUUGCAGUAGGAGCCGUGAUCCGCUUUGAGUGUACCCCUGGAUAUGUACUGGAAGGAUCCACCGCCAUAGAGUGUCUGACUGUCCCCAACGCUCUGGCUAACUGGAACUCAUCCAUACCCAGCUGCAUAGUUCCGUGUGGAGGUAAUCUGACCCAGCGGACCGGCACCAUCCUGUCUCCUGGUUUUCCUGAGCCCUAUCUCAACAGCCUCAACUGUGUCUGGAAGAUCAUGGUUCCGGAAGGAUCCGGAAUACAGAUCCAGGUGAUCAGUUUUGUGACAGAACAGAACUGGGAUUCUCUAGAGGUGUUUGAUGGAGGAGACAACAGUGACACCAUGCUGGGCAGCUUCUCAG